CACACAACAGGCCCUCUCUUACCACUUGCAUCUUCCCCCCUCAAAAAGACUGGCCCUCACAUCUCUCUCUACAUUGCCUCUGACUGCUCAUCUCUCCUUCUCUCUCUAUCUGCCUCUUACAAACAAGAAGCAUCUUUCUCCAUUAUCAAAAUACUCACCAUCUCUCUCUCUCUCUUCUCUCUUCUCUUUCUGCGUCGUGUUCCCCCUCUGUCUUUCUCUCUUUCUUUCUGUAAACCGAUGUGGAAUAGAGAAACAAUCGAUGACGUUUGGUAAAACCAAGGAAGCAAUGAUAUCUCCGAGCUGUUCCUCGCUCUCCCCACCUUGGUAAGCGAGAGGGGUUGCAGGCAGAGCCACUGCUUCACCAGGGCGAGCGAGAGAGAGAAGAGUGGUGGGGUGGGGAGUGUGUCGAGACCCAUGAGCGGUGGCGUCGUGUGAUGGGCGGUGAUGACGAUGACGAUCACGGAAGCAGAGAGAGCGACGUCGCACCAUCACCACCACCAUCACCACCGGACGAGCGGUAGCGAGCUCUUCGUCUGCUUCACGUCCCGCGGCUCCUCCUCCUCCUCCUCCUCCGCCUCCAUGAUGAAGCUUGCCUCCUCCUCUUCCUCCUCGGCGAAGGCGUCGAUCCUCAGCCCCGGCAGGUCCGACAAGCUCAGGGAGGCCCCCGCCAGCAGGCGGCUCAAGGCCAGCGGCAGCAUCAAGGGUCAGUCGAGCCCCAUGCUCUUCGCCACCGGCAAGAAGAGGAACGGCUCCGGCUUCGAGACCCAAGAGCCCACCUCCCCUAAGGUUACGUGCAUCGGCCAGGUGAGGGUGAAGACCAAGCAAGGGAAGAAGAAGAUGAGGGUCGGGAGAGGCGGAGAGGCGAGCAGCUUCUCCAAGAGAGAGCACCACCCGCACGAAGAGUGCCUCCCCCACAGGACUCAACGAUGGAGUCACAUCUUUUGCUUCAAAAAGGAGAUCUCUUUCAGUAUCUGUGAGGCCAUCAGGGAGUUCACUUGUUUCUUGCCCUGUACUAGUGGUGGAGACGGUGGUGGUCACGGCGAGAGGUCGUCAGCGACUUCGCCGGCGGCGGUAAGGGACGAUGGCAAGGAGAGGGACGGCGUGUCGACGGCUUGCGGAGCGGUGUUUGCUAAGUGGCUGAUGGUUUUGCAGGAUGGUGACGAGAAGAGGUUGAGGGAGGAGGUGCCUCUCACAGGUGAUGGUCGUGCUGCGUCUGCUGCGCAGGCGGUGGUGGUGCUGCAGGAUGAGGAAGAGGAGAUCGGAGGGAAGUGCACGAGGGCAGAGGAGGAAAUGGGCAGAGAGAUGGAGGCUUGUUUCAAGGAGAGUAACAAAGAAGAGAAAGGAGAUGAAGAAGAAGAGGAGAAGAUCGUGGUGCCGCCGAAGAAUGCUCUGUUGCUGAUGAGGUGUAGAUCUGAUCCGGUGAGAAUGGCAGCUCUAGCUAGCAGAUUCUGGGAGUCUCCUGUUGUUGCCAGGCCGCAUGUAGAAGAUGAGGAAGAAGACGAGGAAGAGGACGACGAAGAGGACGACGAAGAGGAAGAAGAGGACUAUGAGGACGUUGUGGAAGAGAGGAAGGAUGAUGAGGCAGAGGGGAUGCUCGACAGAAUGGAAGAGGAAGAUGAGAUAAUGACAUUGGCGAAGGAGGAAAGAGAAACGAAUGAAGAGGAGGAGGAGGAGGAGGAGGUUGAAGAGGAGGAAGAGGAUGCUGAUGUAUUUGUAGAUCUUGAAACGCAAGAAGAAAAUGAACUUAAAGGAGAAGUGGAUGAGGAAAGAGAAGAUGGAGAAAAGGAAAUUGAAGAGGAGAAAGAAGAGGGGGAGCAAGAGAAGGAAAAAGAAGAAGAUCUAGUGAUCGUGGAAGAGGAAAAGGGUGAGCUGAACGUGGUCAUACAAGAAAUAUCUUCGGAGGCUAAAGAAGAAGAUGGCGGUCAGCUUUUAGAUAAAAUAGAGCCAAGUGAAGUCCUUUUGGAAGAAAGAAAAGACGAAGGUGAAGAGACAGAGGUGGAGAAGGAGAAUCCAGGGGAAGAGCUUUCCCAAAUAAGUGUUUCCCCGGAAAGUGAAGAUGAAGCUCCCGUUACAAGCUUGGAGAAAGAAGAACAAUGCAAGGAUCAUCCUCUAGACAAAGAGGAACCACGGCAAAGCACCGGCCAACGAGAGGAACAAAAGAAAAAAGAAACAGGGGACUUCCACCAAGCUGUUUCUGUCUUGGCACAUCAAGAAGAGGCAGCGGCAGACAAAGGAGGAGAAGAACAAGAAGAGGAUAAGUAUCCGAGCAACAAACUCCAACUCCAGGAGUUUAGAGGGGAUGAAAAGAAGAGAGAGAGGAAGGAAGCGAGAAAGAGAGAGGCUAAAAGAGAUGAAGAGAAAGAGGAAGGCGAGGCGCCUCUGCCAGAUUGCCUGUUGCUGAUGAUGUACGAGCCAAAACUGUCAAUGGAGGUGUCGAAGGAGACGUGGGUGUGCAGCAGAGACUUCGUCUGGCACCGACCGCGACGCCAAGAUAGGAAAAAACAGCAAGACAAGGGCGCAGAAGAGGAGAAGACGAAGAAACAAGAGGAGAGAGAGACGAAGAAGAGGGUGAGCUUCGAAGAGCGGCCGCAGAAGAAGUCGCCGUCCAUGGCGAAGCUGAUCGAGCAGAAGCUGGUGAACGCAUACGAGCCGUUCGUUUUGACGAGGUGCAAAUCUGAGCCGAUGAGGUCGACUUCCUCGGUGAGCCUUGUGCCGGAGACCUGUUUCUGGAAGACGAGGAAGCUCUACAGGCCGUAUCUGGGUAUGGGGUUCUGAAAAAACAGUGGGUGAGUUUCCGGUCGCGGUUGUCGCCGGGAAGAUGGGGUUUUCGUGUAGUUUGCUUUUUUCGGCCCUUUUCUUUUUUAACCUUUGUACAUCUUUUCCUCUUCGUUUUUCACCUUUUAACGCCCUGUCUCCCUCUUUUAGAUGUAUUCUUUUACCAUCUUUGUUCAUUGUAACUCUUUGUUGUGCCUUCUUUUCCCGUCUACCAUCUAAAAGGAUAUUAUUUGCA